AUGUCUGUUGAACAACAGCAUCCAUCCAGCGCCUUCAUCUCCGCCGCCGUCUCCGCCCUCCAGACCGCCAGGAUCUCAGUAGUCACCUCCCACCCAGACUGCCAAAAAGCUGUGCUCGCUAACCCGACGGCUUCCAAUUUGGUGCCCCUGCCCACCGGGCCGCCACUGAAGGCCUACACCUUCACCCUACCUGUAACCAGAAUGCCCAGUCCAGGCUGCCUUUGCAAAACCAUGCCAACCUCCCCUUGCCAAGGCAACGGCUCCACCCUCACCCUUGAACGCCUCACAUUCAACUAUCUGCGUAAGACCUCUCCCGGCGUGUUGGAAGACCUCCCCCGCAUCAAUCCUCACAAUUCUGAUAGUCGCCAUCUCCAGGCCCAACGUCAACCUUUGCUUUGGCCGCUCACCGCACGGCCUCAACCCCACCCAGACUCAGAUUGGAGUUGGCAAAAACACCACAAACACAAGCUCCGCCACUACUUAAACACACUUGCCCAACACUCCCUCUCCUCCAAUUGUCAAGAAUUGUUUCAGACCGGCGGCGGCGGCGGGAAAUUGAUGUCGAAUAUCAUGAGGGAAGCUACCAAGAUCGUCCAGGACGACUUACAGCGCAAGCGCAAUCUUAUCAUUUGUUUACCUCAAGAAUCCAAGAUUGAACGGCCAUACAUCCGUCGCCGUCCCCGCUACGUCGUUGGCCACCCCAGCCAAGCACCCAGAGCCAAAGGAGAGCAAGAGUUCAUCAGUCCAUGUCGGCGUCCAUCCAGCACGUGA